UACACUUCUAUAACACUGAACAUUUACUUAGCAUUGUCCCUAAAAAUCUUGUGCCAUUGCUGCAAGAAAAAAAAAUACGCAGAGAUAACAAUGUCUAAUAGCAAGCAAAUUUUAAUAUUUUUAGCGAUGCUAGUAAUAGUGUCGACGUGGAUUCCAGUUUCUUUAUCAGCUAAAAAGCCUGUGUUUAGUGCUAGAGUAGAGGAUAUACCGUACAUUAAGUGUCAAGUAUGUGAAAAGUUGGCAAAAGAGUUGAAUCAGCAAGUUCAGAAGAAACAGGCCGAGAUCUUGCCUAAGAAGAUCACAGAGUAUCAAAUUAUUGAGAUUGCAGAGAAUAUCUGUAAUUUGAAGAAGCAGGAAGCUGAUUGGAUUUUGAAGAUUGAUAUUGUGGAGAAAGGAAAUAAGUUGGAGCUGGUAGAACAAGAUGUUGAAGGUCAGUGUAAUUCAGAAUGCAAGACUAUAGAGAAGGCUUGUGAGCAGGUUAUGGGGUAUGCUGAUACUGAUAUCGCUGAAUAUAUCUUUACCUCUAAACCAAGUGUCGAUUCAUUGACGAAGUAUUUCUGCAAAGACCUGACUAGUGUAUGUAUCAAGAAGCCUCCUCCAGUUCCCAAGGAUAGAACACCUGGAGAACCUUUUGAGCCAAAACCGUCUAAAGAUGCCGAAAUGGAGAAGCUUAUGAGAUCUAUGCAGGACAUGCCAGGGGCACCCAAUAUGCAAAUGUAUUCAAGAGACGAAUUGAAGAACAUGAAUAAUUUUGGUAAUGAAGACGCCGACGAAGAUGAAGAUGAGGAUGAUGAACCUCACUUCCCUUCGAAAUUGGCUCAAGCGAUGAAGGAGAAAGAAAAAGGUAAGAAUGAUUGGCAACAGAAGUUGACCAAAGGAAUUAAAAGCACAAGCCAAACAUUGAAGAGGCACGCGAACAAAGUGUCAAACAGGAUGCGACAGUGGUGGAAAGGAAUGAAAGCAACUUAUACAAGCAAGAAUUCGAAGACGGGCAAAGCAGAGUUGUAGAAGGGCCUAAUUUGCAGGUUUUUUCAUAUUUUUGCUCACUUAUGUCUUAGGCUUAGUUUACCAAGAAAUACCAUAGGAAGCGAAUAGAGAACAAUGUGAUUUACGGUUAAAUGUUAGCUAAUCCUUUUUUAUCCGGUCCA